AUGCAUCCCAUGGGCGGCCAGCGCGUUGCCUUCUUCCCGAAGGCAGAUGCGGCCGUCCUCGCAUCGAGGCAUGCUGCGCCGGCAUCGUCCGAGCGCCCGACCACCACCGCGCCAAUACUUGAUCUUGAGAAUGCCGACAAACCCCUUGAGCCAUGGAUUGCGGAACAAGCCACGUCUGUGUAUCCCAACGAUGGCGACAUCUGGACGCCAGCACCAAUACCUGCCAAAACACUAUGUCCACCUCAGUGCUCUGCGGAUCGCUAUCUCUUCCCAGUCUUGACGCGGAACGAGAGGCUAAGGUUGACGUUGCUCUACUACUAUACUCGCGGGGCCCUUGAAGAUGUAGAGUUGAUGUCUCGCCUGCAAGAGAAGGUCCAUCUCGCGCAUGAGACAGUAGGAUGGGAGUUUGUUAUUGCUGGUCUUCUCAACCACAGCACUUAUACUCGCAUGGUCACUGUGAACCUCCCUCUUGCGAUAUUACCCCGUCGCGAGAGCACUUGCGCCCACACCAUCAAUCAACCACCAGGUACUGUCUUUGCGCUGCAGAACAUGGCCAAAGAUUGGCGCUUCGAGAAGUCACCGCAUGUCGAGCAGGGCGGUUUGCGUGCGUAUGCCGGUGUACCGUUGAGAUUUGAUACUGAAUUCGGAGAGCACGUGGCUUUUGGCUCCCUUUGUGUCGCUUCUAAUUCCCCACAAGAGCCUCUCUCGCCAUUAGUACAACAGUCUCUUGCAAGGCUGGCUGAUUGGAUUGUUAUGGACAUAGUGCACAGUGCAAGAGCUCGCCGUCAGAAGGAACGUAGGCGGAUGCUGGAACUGCUCUCCGAAGCUCAGCAGCAGUGCGACAACCACCACAACAUGGAGGAAGUGAUCCCCAGAAUGCUCGAGGAUGUUUAUCUCAAUACGCGAGUGAGCAUUUAUCAGAUCACGGACAGCCACAUAACCCUUCCUGGUGGUACGAGCUUUCGCACAUCGGAAUUGGAGCAGGGCCUCUGGGAAGAUACCGCUUACUUUGAUUACGCCAUCGAGAAUCUCAAUCAUUUGGACAUGACUGCGCCCCGGCCUGUACGGGCCAUCGCGGCACAAUGUACCAGUCAGCGUGCGGCAAUGUUUCUCGUAGUAGCCAGUAACGACUUCAAGAUGGUCUUUGAUGAUAUGGAUUCUUGGUUCGUACAUAUGUGUGCGACAAUACUAUGUCGGUAUUGGCAAGGCCGCGCACUUCAGGAGGCGCUCAGCGCUAAGGAAACGUUCCUUCGCGGCAUUACGCAUCAGCUUCGAACUCCUAUACAUGGCAUUCUUGGCUCUGUUGAGCUUCUGACUGAGGAGCUGAAAUCUCGAAACGUGGUCCCUUCGACGGCUGCCUCGUCACCCACUGCCAGCCCAGACAUCGAGCAAUUGGACCCAUACACCUAUAUCAAGACCAUCAAGACUUCGGCAAGAGAGCUGAUCUCAACGGUGAACAGCCUCAUCAAGUUGAAUCAGUGGGCAGACAUUGCACAGGCAGAACGCGUUCUCACCAUGCAUACAGUCUCUGAGAUUGAAGAUGCUUUGCUGAAGGAAACCCUACUAGGACUAUCGGACGAUCUAUCCACGCGACCCUCGAUUAUAAUACAACAUCAUCUACCACCAAGCUGCGACUUGAUUGCUAUCGACAAGCGAGUAUUCCUGGAUUGCAUCCAGCCGCUCAUGGUCAACGCUGCUCAAAAUGCCGCUGGCGGUAUGGUAGCAGUGACUCUGUCAGUCACGGAGGGUUGCCAGUCUCUCGUCGUCGAUGUCGAACACAGUGGGCGUAAGACACCCAAAGGGAAUUACGAUCGCGUGUUUGACGCACACGAACAGAUAGAUCUCAGUGGUACCGAGUCUACUUUGGGUUUGACGUUGGCGAGCAAAGCGGCGACGCUCUUAGGUGGCGAGAUCACAAUGGUCACUUCGCCCCAUGGUGUAGGCUCGCAUAUCAGAGCGAUGUUCAAUGAGCCCGUCUGCGCAAGCUCAUUACCUGCGUCUCGUGCAGUGAAGGAUAGGUUCAAUGAGCUUCCGCAAAGCUUCCAUCACCUGACGUCCAAAUCAGCAACGUCGUCUCUCGGCAACUACUUCACCCAGUAUCUUUUAAGUGCUGGCUGGACAUCGUCAAGCACAUCGAAGGGCGCUUUCGUAGUCGUCGACUAUACACCGAAUCUGGCGGAGCUCUACCGACACACAUCGAACAUCGAUGCCGACCAAGUUGCUAUAUGUCUCGUUCCAGAAUGCGCAUGCUUUCUCGACUUCCAUACGGAGCGCGUUCGGCGACAGGGAAAUGUUGUAUACGUUCAAGGACCAUUCUUGUCGGAAACAUUUGAACAAGCGUUGAAGCACGCGGAUGCAAUCUCUGCCGAAUUCCGCGCCGCUUCUCCGGAGACGGGGCUGUGUGCGACUGGCGGGGUCGUCAUCGAACCAGUCCAUCAAGAUCCUGCGCCCGACUUGAACGAGCGCCCCAAACUCCCAUCCGAGCGAGGUUCAAUCUUCCCCGCCAAGCUUCAGAAUGAACUAGUCCAGUCAGUGCGGACCUUGCGCAUCCAAACCAAACCUCCACCGUCCGCGAAGGAUAUCUCAACAUCGAGCAAACCCUUGACACUCCUUGUUGAUGACAACGCUGUCAAUCUUCGUCUAUUGGAGAUGUACUGCAGUCGUCGUGGUAUCCCGUUUCGGAGUGCAAAGGAUGGGCAGCAGGCAGUCAAUAUCUUUUCCGAAGCUCUUCUACCGAAGUACGACCCACUGCUACGACAAAAUCUGCCCGUCCAACCAGUCGGACUUAUCCUCAUGGAUCUUCAGAUGCCGGUAUGCGACGGUAUCGAUGCAACACGACAGAUCCGGCGAUUGGAGAAGCAGCAUGGGUAUGAACGGAGUGUCUUGUUCAUCGUCACUGGUCAGGACUCUUCGAAUGAUCGCAAGGCCGCAGACGAUGCUGGCGCAGACGAGUUCCUGACUAAGCCGGUAGGACCCAAGGUUCUUGACCAAUGGGUAAAGAAGUGGUAUCCUGAUAUCGAAAUAUGA